GAUGUUUCGUGGUCUUAAUUUCAAAUGAAAUAAAUUCUUAGCUUAAUCUUGCAGUUAUCCCAAAUAGUAAAAUGAGUAAAUUGACAAAUUACAACGAAAUUUCUAAGGUUUACGACUCUGGGAGAAAGGCUUUUGAUGGCCACGUUCUCAAAAGUAUGAUGGAAAACUUUACAGAAAAGAAUGUUCAGGAAAUGGAUAUAAUUGACAUUGGCUCUGGAACAGGAAACUUUUCGGAAUAUUUUCUUCAAUUUGAGCCGCGAAGUCUAACAUUACUAGAUGCCAGUGAAGGUAUGCUUAACAAGGCUAAAGCAAAACUGACGUCGCCAUCACCCAGAACUCAGUUGUCCUUCAAACAAGCAGUUCUACCGGAAAUGCCUUACGAAGACAAUUCAUUUGACGCCGCUAUGAUCAACCAUGUCGUGCAUCACUUGGAAAAAAAUCCUGAUGGAGAGUCCUAUCCAGUGUUGCUUCAGACACUGAAGGAAGUUUAUCGAAUCCUCAAGCCAGGCGGUGUGUUGACCAUCAUUACUGAUACGCCAGAAAAUUUGGAAGGAAAUUGGUUUGUUCAUCUUGUACCAGAAACCCUGAAGAAAUGGCAUAAAUUGUUACCCACUCAUAAGCAAAUGAAGAAAAUGCUGAGGGACUCUGGAUUUUCUUUGAAAUCGGCUUUCAGAUCAUUAAUGAUGUCAUACUUCCCUGUUUAUGGUGACUUAGAUGGACCACUUCAUGAAUCUUGGAGAAAUUUGAAUUCCUAUUGGGAUGUCUGCACGGAAGCAGAAAUGCAGAACAUGAUUAAAAAUGUGACACAAAUGAAAGAAGAAGGCACUCUUCAAAAGUACUUUGAAACACAUCAUAAAAUUGAUAGCACUGGAGCUUAUGAAAUUUUUGUCGUUAAAAAAGAACUUUAG